AUGGGCAUAAUCAAUGACAGUAGCAAAACACUAUGGGGAAACACGAGCCAUGGACCAUCACGUUACGCACUUAACGGAAAAAUCAUGCUUGCUUCCGUAAUCAUCCUCUUCUUCGCCGUAAUUCUAAUCCUCUGUUUUCACAGCUACGCAAGAUGGUUAUUCCGACGUCAAAACCGCCGUAUCCGCCGCCGUAUCAGUGCUCAUCUCCGAUCACUCUCCGCCGCUAGAGACCCUACACAAUCUUCCUCCUCCUUAUCACCUCUCGAUCCUACGGUGCUCGAGAAAAUCCCGAUCUUUGUCUACUCCGUUAAAACCCAUCAAUCUCCACCAGAGGAAUGCUCUGUUUGCUUGUCGGAGUUUGAAGAAGAAGACGAAGGACGUGUCCUUCCCAAAUGUGGACACGUGUUUCACGUUGACUGUAUCGACACGUGGUUCCGGUCGAGAUCUAGUUGUCCGCUUUGCAGAGCUCCGGUUCAAUCCGAACAGACGGUUAAAGAAUCCGGUUUAAGAAUUUCAGAACCGGUUGCUCCAUCGGUUAAACCGAUUGAGGAUACCGAAGCCGGAAGUUCGUCUUCGUCGGACGAAUCGGAAUCAUCGACGCCGUCUUCUUCCUCUGGUUCUCCGGUGAGAUUUCCGAUGGAAGCUUGUGAGAGAGAACCGAUUGAUUUAGUCGGUAUAAUCGUGGAGAUUCCCAGGGAAUCCGACGAGUCUAAUUCGGGUCUACCCGGAGAUCACGGGUCGAAUAAUCGGGUUUUAUUGAAGAGGCUAUGGAGUGUUUGA